GUCUCCUGUGGCGGAGGGGUGGGCCUGGAGGCUCCGCGGUCCUCCUAAGGCCGCUCUGACCUGCGGCUCGGAGACUUCUCGCCUCCUCCUCCUCCUCCCCUUUCCUCCCACAGCGCCCUUUCGGUCCCCGCCCACUUUGCCCUCCCAGCGGGUCUUCCCGGGGCCGCUCUGGCCAGAGCAUCCCUCGUCUCUCUUGCUUGUCCCAUCCGGCUCUGGAGGGAGGCGCGGGUGGGGGAACCUGGGAGCGCGUCUAUGGGGCUCAGGCCCGAGCUCCCGACGACGGGCUCCGCCCCCAGCAGCCGGUCUCACCCCGCCCCCGCCUGGAAGGGUCUCCCCGGGACCUACCAGGGCUGGCCUGGCCCCGCCGGCACCGCUGUGGAGGCGGGUGCGGGACUGUGGAGCCGUCGCCCCUGGUGACCCAGCCGUCUAUAAGGUCCGCUGCGGCCUGCAGCGCCCGCCUCGAAACUGCUGCAUGCCGCCUGUAGGGCCGGCCAGCCUAGGGGGGCCCGUGUCUCUGGGGGCCUCCUACGGUCCCUAGGGUCGGCCCGUGCGCAGCGACCCCAUUUACAGAAGCUUCCAUGGAGCUCUAGGGCCACCCCUCGCCUUCCUGAGUCCAUCCGCCGCGGCGUUUCCCCGGGUGGGCACCGUGAUCCCUGGAUCUCCGGGUCUCCGAGGCCAUGUUGCUUCUGUAGGGGUCGCAUUGCAGCCGUCCCGCCUGGAAGGCCUGUCCCGUCAGUGAGAGGCGGUGCGGGAGGAGGCGAGAUGGCCCUGCGCCGGGCUCUGGCCGCCGCCCUGACUCUCUCUUGGGCCGUGCUGGGGCCGCUGGCCCCGGGGGUCCAGGCGGGGGACUGCAAGGGACAGCGGCAAGUGCUGCGGGAGGCGCCGGGCUUCGUGACGGAUGGCGCGGGCAACUACAGCGUCAAUGGCAAUUGCGAGUGGCUCAUCGAGGCCCCCAGCUCGAAGCACCGGAUCCUGCUGGAGUUCCUCUUCCUGGACACGGAGUGCACAUAUGACUACCUGUUCGUGUAUGAUGGCGACUCCCCCCGGGGGCCCCUGCUGGCCAGCCUGAGUGGGAGUACACGGCCGCCGCCCAUCGAGGCUGCCUCAGGCAAGAUGCUGUUACACCUCUUCAGCGAUGCCAACUACAACCUGCUGGGCUUCAACGCCUCCUUCCGCUUCUCCCUGUGCCCCGGCGGCUGCCACGGCCACGGGCACUGCCAGCCCACGGGCAUGUGUGUAUGCGAGCCAGGCUGGGGGGGCCCUGCCUGUGACCAGCAGGAGUGCCAGGCCUACUGUGGCAGCCACGGCACCUGCGCCUCGCCCUUGGGGCCAUGCCACUGUGAGCCUGGCUUCCUGGGACGCGCCUGUGAUCUGCACUUGCGGGAGAACCAGGGGGCUGGCUGGUGGCACAACGUGAGUGCCGGGGACCCUGCCUUCUCAGCCCGUGUUGGGGCAGCUGGUGCCUUCCUGUCCCCGCCUGGGCUACUGGCCAUCUUUGGAGGUCAGGACCUCAACCGUGCCCUGGGGGACCUCGUCCUUUACAACUUCUCUGCCAACACCUGGGAGCGCUGGCACCUGAGUCCCGCCCCGGCUGCCCGUCACUCCCAUGUGGCUGUGGCCUGGGACGGCUCCCUGGUGCUGAUGGGGGGUGAGCUGGCCGACGGGUCCCUCACCAGUGACGUCUGGGCCUUCAGCCCGCUGGCUGGGGGCCACUGGGAACUCCUGGCACCCCCCACUUCUGGCUCUUCUGGGCCGCCAGGCCUGGCAGGGCACGCGGCGGCCCUGGUGGAUGACGUCUGGCUCUACGUGUCUGGGGGCCGCACCCAGCACGACCUCUUCUCCUCUGGCCUCUUCCGUUUCCGCCUCGGCAGUCCCCACAGGGGCUACUGGGAGCAGGUGAUUCCGGCGGGUGGGCGGCCUCCCGCCGCCACCGGCCACUCCAUGGUGUUCCAUGCGCCCUCCCGGGCCCUGCUGGUUCAUGGAGGACACAGGCCCUCCACUGCUCGCUUUUCCGUGAGGGUGAACGCCACCGAGCUCUUCCACGUCGACCGGCGGGUGUGGACCACCCUGAAGGGCAGGGAGGGGCUGCAGGGCCCCCGGGAGCGCGCCUUCCACACGGCCAGCGUGCUGGGCAACUACAUGGUGGUGUACGGCGGCAACGUGCACACCCAUUACCAGGAGGAGAAGUGCUACGAGGACGGCAUCUUCUUCUACCACCUUGGCUGCCACCAGUGGGUGUCGGGGGCCGAGCUGGCCCCCCCCGGGACUCCUGAGGGCCGAGCAGCGCCCCCCAGUGGCCGGUACUCACACGUAGCGGCUGUGCUUGGCGGCAGUGUCCUGUUGGUGGCUGGCGGAUACAGUGGCCGACCCCGGGGGGACUUGAUGGCCUACAAGGUGCCCCCCUUCGUGUUCCAGGCACCUGCCCCAGAUUACCACUUGGACUAUUGCUCCAUGUACACGGACCACAGCGUGUGCUCCCGAGACCCAGAGUGCAGCUGGUGUGAAGGGUCUUGCCAAGCCGCCCCACCUCCUGGGACCCCGUCGGGCGCCUGUCCAGCAGCCAGCUGUCUGGGCCUGGGCCGCCUGCUGGGGGACUGUCAGGCCUGCCUGGCCUUCAGCAGUGCCGCUGCUCCUCCUCGGGGCCCUGGUGCCCUGGGCUGGUGUGUGCACAAUGAGAGCUGCCUCCCACGGCCCGAGCAAGCUCGCUGCCGCGGGGAGCAGAUCUCUGGCACCGUGGGCUGGUGGGGGCCCAUGCCCGUCUUCGUCACAGCUCUGGAGGCUUGUGUCACCCAGAGCUUCCUGCCUGGCCUGCACCUGCUCACCUUCCAGCAGCCGCCCAAUGCCUCACAGCCCGACAAGGUCUCGAUCGUCCGCAGUACGACCAUCACCCUUACGCCCAGCCCCGAGACGGACGUGUCACUGGUGUACCGCGGCUUCAUCCACCCGCUGCUGCCAGGGGGCCCUGGUGGGCCGGGGGCGGAUGACGUGGCUGUGUGGGCCCGGGCCCAGCGCCUGCAUGUCCUGGCCCGCAUGGCCCGUGGUCCCGACACAGAGAACAUGGAGGAGGUGGGGCGCUGGGUGGCGCAGCAGGAGAAGGAGACGAGGAGGCUGCAGCGGCCCGGCUCCACGCGCCUCUUCCCACUGCCUGGCCGUGGCCACAAGUACGCAGUGGAGAUCCAGGGGCAGCUCAAUGGCUCCGCAGGCCCUGGGCACAGCGAGCUCACCCUGCUCUGGGACCGCACUGGCGUGCCAGGUGGCAGCGAGAUCUCCUUCUUCUUCCUGGAGCCCUACCGCUCGUCAGCCUGCGCCUCCUACUCCUCCUGCCUCGGCUGCCUGGCCGACCAGGGCUGCGGCUGGUGCCUGAGCAGCUCCACCUGCCACCUGCGCCAGAGCGGGGCACACUGCGGGGCCGCAGCCGGGGCCGGUGGGGCUCUGCUGGUGCUGGUGCCCACGCUCUGCCCGCUCUGCGAGGAGCAUCGCGACUGCCAUGCCUGCACCCAGGACCCCUUCUGCGAAUGGCAUCAGAGCACCAGCCGCAAAGGGGAUGCCGCAUGCAGCCGGCGUGGCCGGGUCCCGGGGGCCCUGAAGAGCCCAGAAGAGUGCCCCCCACUUUGCAGCCAGCGCCGGAGCUGUGAUGACUGCCUGGCCAACUCCAGCCAGUGCGCCUGGUGCCAGUCCACGCACACCUGCUUCCUGUUCGCCGCCUACCUGGCACGCUACCCGCACGGCGGCUGCCGAGGCUGGGAUGAUAGCGUGCACUCAGAGCCCCGGUGCCGCAACUGUGAGCGUUUCCUCACCUGCCACGAAUGUCUGGAGAGCCACGAGUGCGGCUGGUGUGGCAACGAGGACAACCCUACUCUGGGCCGGUGCCUGCAGGGGGACUUUUCAGGACCCCUCGGUGGGGGCAACUGCUCGCUAUGGGUAGGGGAGGGCCUGGGGCUGUCGGUGGCCCUCCCUGCCCGCUGGGCAUAUGCCCGUUGUCCCGACGUGGAUGAGUGUCGCCUGGGCCUGGCACGGUGCCAUGCGCGGGCGACCUGCCUCAACACGCCCCUGAGCUACGAGUGCCACUGCCAGCGAGGGUACCAGGGCGAUGGCGUCACCUACUGCAAUCGCACAUGCCUGGACGACUGUGGUCAUGGGGUGUGCAGCGGCCCCCCUGACUUCGUCUGUGUGUGUGACCUGGGCUGGACAUCAGACCUGCCACCGCCCACACCGGCACCGGGGCCCCCGGCCCCCCGCUGCUCCCGGGACUGUGGCUGCAACCUGCACAGCCACUGCCGCCAGCGAGGACCUGGCUUCUGCGACGAGUGCCAGGAUUGGACAUGGGGGGACCACUGCGAGCGGUGCCGGCCUGGCAGCUUUGGCAAUGCCACGGGCUCAGGUGGCUGCCGGCCCUGCCAAUGCAACGGGCACGGGGACCCGAGACUCGGCCACUGCGACAACCUCAGUGGGCGCUGCUUCUGCCAGGACCACACCGAGGGCGCCCACUGCCAGCUCUGCUCUCCUGGCUACUAUGGGGACCCCCGGGCUGGUGGCUCCUGUUUCCGGGAGUGUGGGGGUCGCGCCCUUCUCACCAACGUGUCCUCGGUGGCCUUGGGCUCCCGCCGGGUUGGGGGGCUGCUGCCCCCAGGGGGCGGGGCAGCCAGAGCCGGGCCAGGCCUUUCCUACUGUGUGUGGGUCGUCUCAGCCACUGAGGAGCUGCAGCCUUGCACCCCUGGGACCCUCUGCCCCCCACUCACCCUCACCUUCUCGCCAGACAGCAGCACCCCCUGUACGCUGAGCUACGUGCUGGCCUUUGAUGGAUUCCCACGCUUCCUGGACACGGGGGUCGUCCAGUCGGAUCGGAGCCUCAUUGCUGCCUUCUGCGGCCAGCGGCGGGACAGGCCACUCACUGUGCAGGCCCUGUCUGGGCUCCUCGUGCUGCACUGGGAGGCCAACGGCUCAUCAUCUUGGGGCUUCAACGCCUCCGUGGGCUCUGCUCGCUGCGGCUCCGGGGGCCCGGGGAGCUGCCCUGUCCCGCAGGAGUGCGUGCCCCAGGACGGGGCUGAGGGCGCUGGACUGUGCCGCUGUCCCCAGGGCUGGGCCGGCCCCCACUGCCGCAUGCCUCUGUGCCCCGAGAACUGCCACGCCCACGAUGGGGCAGGGACUUGUAACCAGAGCCUGGGCGUGUGCAUCUGCGCUGAGGGCUUCGGGGGUCCUGACUGUGCCACGAAGUUGGACGGCGGGCAGCUGGUCUGGGAGACCCUCAUGGACAGCCGCCUGUCAGCCCUUCUCGUGCCACCCCCCCUGCCCCAGGACACGGCCAGCCGCUUCCUGCACCGCCUGGGACACACCAUGGUGGAGGGACCUGAGGCCACUCUGUGGAUGUUCGGGGGCCUGGGCCUGCCCCAGGGACUGCUGGGGAACCUGUACAGGUACUCUGUGAGCGAGCGGCGGUGGACACAGAUGCUGGCUGGCGCUGAGGACGGGAGCCCAGGCCCCUCACCCCGCUCCUUCCACGCAGCUGCCUAUGUGCCCGCCGGCCGCGGUGCCAUGUACCUGCUGGGAGGGCUCACAGCGGCGGGCGUUGCCCGGGACUUCUGGGUCCUCAACCUCACCACCCUGCAGUGGCGGCAGGAGAAGGCCCCUCAGACCGUGGAGCUGCCCGCAGUGGCCGGCCACACCCUGACUGCCCGUCGAGGCCUGUCCCUGAUCCUGGUGGGGGGCUAUUCUCCCGAAAAUGGCUUCAACCAGCAGCUGCUCGAGUACCAGCUGGCCAGUGGCACCUGGGUGUCGGGAGCCCAGAGUGGGACACCGCCCACAGGUCUCUAUGGCCAUUCUGCAGUCUACCACGAGGCUACCGACUCGCUCUAUGUGUUUGGGGGUUUCCGCUUCCACGUGGAGCUGGCGGCCCCAUCCCCCGAGCUCUACUCUCUGCACUGCCCGGACCGCACCUGGAGCCUGCUGGCCCCUUCUCAGGGGGCAAAGCCCCAGCCUCGGCUUUUCCAUGCAGCAGCCCUGCUAGGGGAUACCAUGGUGGUCCUUGGGGGGCGCUCGGACCCGGAUGAGUUCAGCAGUGACGUCCUCCUCUAUCAGGUCAACUGCAACUCCUGGCUCCUGCCUGACCUCACACGCCCAGCCUCCGUAGGGCCCCCGAUGGAAGAGUCCGUGGCCCAUGCUGUGGCAGCAGUGGGGGGCCGUCUGUACAUCUCGGGGGGCUUCGGGGGAGUGGCCCUGGGCCGCUUGCUGGCCCUCACCCUACCCCCCGACCCUUGCCGUCUGCUGCCCUCCCCCGAGGUUUGUAACCAGUCUGGGGCCUGCACCUGGUGCCACGGGGCCUGCCUGUCCGGGGACCAGGCCCACAGGCUGGGCUGCGGGGGUCCCCCCUGCUCCCCGAUGCCUCGCUCCCCGGAGGAGUGCCGCCGCCUGCGGACCUGCAGCGAGUGCCUGGCCCGCCACCCCCGGACCCUGCAGCCAGGAGAUGGAGAGGCGUCUGCCCCCCGUUGCAAGUGGUGCACCAACUGCCCCGAGGGCGCCUGCAUCGGCCGCAAUGGCUCCUGCACGUCGGAGAACGACUGUCGCAUCAACCAGCGCGAGGUCUUCUGGGCCGGGAACUGCUCCGAGGCAGCAUGUGGCGCAGCCGACUGUGGCCACUGCACCCGUGAGGGCAAGUGCAUGUGGACGCGGCAGUUCAAGCGCACAGGGGAGACUCGCCGCAUCCUCUCGGUGCAGCCCACCUACGACUGGACGUGCUUCAGCCACUCGCUGCUGAACGUGUCCCCCAUGCCGGUGGAGUCGUCACCCCCCCUGCCCUGCCCCACCCCCUGCCACCUGCUGCCCAACUGCUCUGCCUGCCUGGACUCCAAGGGCGCCGACGGCGGCUGGCAGCACUGUGUGUGGAGCAGCAGCCUCCAGCAGUGCCUGAGCCCGUCCUACCUGCCCCUCCGCUGCAUGGCGGGGGGCUGCGGGCGGCUGCUCCGGGGCCCCGAGAGCUGCUCCCUGGGCUGUGCCCAGGCAACCCAGUGUGCUGUAUGCCUGCGGCGCCCGCACUGCGGCUGGUGUGCCUGGGGUGGCCAGGAUGGGGGAGGCCGCUGCCUGGAGGGUGGCCUCAGCGGCCCCCGCGAAGGGCUGACGUGUGAGCGUGACGGGGCUUCGUGGGCCUUCCUGUCCUGCCCCCCUGAGGAUGAAUGUGCUAACGGGCACCACGACUGCAAUGAGACGCAAAACUGCCACGACCGGCCCCACGGCUAUGAGUGCAGCUGCAAAACGGGCUAUACCAUGGACAACGUGACGGGGCUGUGCCGCCCUGUGUGUGCCCAGGGCUGCGUCAACGGCUCCUGCGUGGAGCCCGACUACUGCCGCUGCCACUUCGGUUUUGUCGGCCGCAACUGCUCCACGGAGUGUCGCUGCAACCGCCACAGCGAGUGCGCCGGCGUGGGGGCACGCGACCACUGCCUGCUGUGCCGCAACCACACCAAGGGCAGCCACUGUGAGCAGUGCCUCCCGCUCUUUGUGGGCUCGGCCGUGGGGGGUGGCACGUGCCGGCCCUGCCAUGCCUUCUGUCGAGGCAACAGCCACGUCUGCGUCUCCAGGAAGGAGCUUGAGAUGGCCAGGAGGGAGCCGGAGAAAUACUCCCUGGACCCGGAGGAGAUCGAGAACUGGGUUACCGAAGGCCCUAGUGAGGAUGAGGCUGUGUGUGUGAACUGUCAGAACAACAGCUAUGGGGACAGAUGUGAAAGCUGCCUGCAUGGCUACUUCCUCCUGGAUGGGAAAUGCACCAAAUGCCAGUGUAAUGGCCACGCAGACACGUGCAACGAGCAGGAUGGGACAGGCUGCCCGUGUCAGAACAACACGGAGACGGGCACGUGCCAGGGUGGCUCCCCGAGUGACCGCCGAGACUGCUACAAGUACCAGUGCGCCAAGUGCCGGGAGUCAUUCCACGGGAGCCCGCUGGGGGGCCAGCAGUGCUACCGGCUCAUCUCGGUGGAGCAGGAGUGCUGCCUCGACCCGCUCUCUCAGACCAACUGCUUCCACGAGCCCAAGCGCCGCGCCCUGGGCCCCGGCCGCACCGUCCUCUUCGGCGUGCAGCCCAAGUUCACUAACGUGGACAUCCGCCUGACCCUGGACGUCACCUUUGGCGCCGUAGACCUCUAUGUCUCCACCUCCUACGACACCUUCGUGGUCCGCGUGGCCCCCGACACGGGCGUCCACACCGUGCACAUCCAGCCGCCGCCACCGCCGCCACCCCCGCCGCCCCCGGCCGAGGGGGGUCCCCGGGCAGCAGGGGAUCCCGGGGGAGCCGGGGCCGGGAGUGGGCCAGGGGCCCCGGCAGAGCCCAGGGUGCGGGAGGUGUGGCCCCGUGGCCUGAUCACCUACGUGACGGUGACGGAGCCGUCGACGGUGCUGGUGGUGCGAGGGGUGCGGGACCGGCUGGUCAUCACGUACCCACACGAGCACCACGCCCUCAAGUCCAGCCGCGUGUACCUGCUGCUGCUGGGCGUGGGGGACCCGAGCGGGCCGGGCGCCAACGGCUCGGCCGACUCGCAGGGCCUGCUCUUCUUCCGGCAGGACCAGGCCCACAUCGACCUGUUCGUCUUCUUCUCGGUCUUCUUCUCCUGCUUCUUCCUCUUCCUCUCGCUCUGCGUGCUCCUCUGGAAGGCCAAGCAGGCCCUGGACCAGCGGCAGGAGCAGCGCCGCCACCUGCAGGAGAUGACCAAGAUGGCCAGUCGCCCCUUCGCCAAGGUCACCGUCUGCUUCCCGCCUGACCCGGCCGCCCCGGCGCCCACCUGGAAGCCCACGGGCCUCCCGCCGCCUGCCUUUCGUCGCUCCGAGCCUUUCCUGGCCCCCCUGCUGCUGACGGGGGCUGGUGGGCCCUGGGGCCCCGGGGGAGGGGGCUGCUGCUCGCCCGCCCUCCCUGCCAGCCCGGCCGGCCUGCGCGCAGGGCCCAUCACGCUGGAGCCCACCGAGGAUGGCAUGGCGGGGGUGGCCACACUGCUGCUGCGGCUGCCCGGCGGGCCCCACGCACCCAAUGGUGCCUGCCUGGGCUCGGCCCUGGUCACACUGCGACACAGGCUCCACGACUACUGCGGGGGUGGCGGGGGCGCGGGGGGCAGCGGGCACGGGCCGGGUGCUGGCCGCAAGGGACUGCUGAGCCAGGACAACCUCACCAGCAUGUCACUCUGACCCGCCGCAUGUCCAGCGCCAGUGUCUCCAGGGGCCUCUGGUCCCUUCCCCGUCCCCUGGCUCCCCUGGCAGGGCCGUCUCUGCCCUACUGUCAACCAUUAUUUAUUGAAACCUUCUGUGUGCCAGGCCCUGCUGAGGCCCCGGGCAGGCGACCGAGCCAGACGGCGCUCCCUCAUGCCUGGGACUUUGUUCUAGUGAAGGGGGACAGUCAGUGUGGACACUGAUCCCGCACACGCUGGCGGGACCAGGCAUUCGGGGCAGCGUCUUGCCUGGGCUGGGAGAAGGAAGCGCAGCCAGAGGGGGUUCCAGGCAUAGGGCGCUAGAAGUCACUCAAGGUCAAGGUUGAGGCCUUCAGGCAAAGCCCCAGGCUGGUUUUGUAGGAAGCAUCAGCGGCCAGAGAGGCCGGUGGGCCCCAGGUGGGUUUGGGGUCUUAUUCUCAGGGCAGUGGGAAGCCACUGGGCAGUUUCUGGAGGGAGAAGAACGGGACUUGAGGGAGCGGUGGAUGGGGUCUGUGAACUGGGGUGGGGGCACCCCCGGGGACUCGGGAGAUGAGUGGGCCCGAGAGCAAGGCAGGGAUGGGUGACCGGGUGGCAGGGCAGAGGAGUCCAGCGUCGCCCCACACCUCUGCGGGUAGUGGCGGCUGGUUGGUUGAGAUGGAGACAGGGGCCCGGGUGGAAGGUGAGCCCAGUCUCGGCCCUGGGGUACCCCCAGAGACGAGGUUCCUCAGGAGCCACGCUGCGUGUGCUCUGGGGGUGCUGUGGGGUGCCUGAGCAGAGGCUGGCCCACAGAACCGAGGGGCCAGGACAGGACCCUGCUGCUGGAGGUGGCAGAACCACCGGCCCGGGCAGAAGAGGUCAGGAGAAGGGUGAAGCCCUCAGCCUUCAGCUCACCGGGAGGUGAAAUCGGGGUCCCUGCAGGGGCUGUCCCCAGCCAGUCUCACCUUGGACUUCUCUCCCCUUUUGAACUUGGUGUUCUCCUUUCCCAAGACUUGAACCCCAGUUGCCUUUUGGGACCCCCGGGGAGCUGGUCCUACCUGCACCUUACACUUGGCAGGGGGCCUCCGUCUUGAAUGUGGGUCCAGGGGUGUCUGGACAGGGGGGUACUUGGGUGAACAAUAAAGAGUGUGGGAGACUCUA